AUGGAUACACCAUCGACCUCCAACUCUCACGAAUCUACUGCAACUCAUGUAAAGAGAAAUCGUGUUCAAUUAAGUUGUACACCAUGUCGACAUGUCAAACUCAAAUGCGAUCGAGCCCAGCCAUGUAGUCAAUGUCAAAAGAAAGAUAGAGUGGGAUCAUGUAUAUAUCUCACACCCCAGCCAAGAAAAAGAGCUGCAAUGAGUAUGCAGAAGAGGCUGAAGCAUUUAGAAAGUUUGGUUAAGGAUGUCAUGAAUUCUCAGCCAGCAUCUGUACCACAUACUCCGCCUCGCGAUGAUCAGGAACCGAGUAGACUUGCUGCCAUAGCGGCGGCUCUUGGUAUUUCAUCGGAAGCUCCGAGAUCAAAUACGGCUGAUAAUUCUUCAUCUGAAUUUAAUAACUCCUCAACUGUUCAACACACAGAAGCUACGUCUGGGCAGGUUGUAUUUGGCGGGAAGGGAACGCAAUAUGUUGGCGCUACGCACUGGGCUGCUAUCCUUAAUGAUAUAGGAGAAGUCAAAGAUUACUUUGACGAAGGAGAAGAAGAAGAUGUCGAAGGAGAAAAUGAACUUGACGCCAGUUUAAUUUUCAAUACAGAUGCGCCACCAACUAAAGCUGGAAUCUUGGCAGCUCUACCUCCUCGUAGAGUUGUUGACAAGCUCAUUCAAGGGUAUUUUCAUGGGGGUAAUCCUUCGCUACAUAUUCUUCAUGCUCCGACUUUUCAAAACGAGUAUGUGAGAUUUUGGGCCAAUCCACAUGAUACUCCCCUCGCCUGGUUGGGUCUGUUAUAUGGCAUCAUGUGUCUAUCUCUAUUCUCCAGUUAUGCAGCAGGCGAAAACAAUCCCGAUGAGCGUGCUUCUUCAAUGCAAACUAUGCGAACAUACCGACGCAAUUGUAUCCAAUGCAUCCGCUUAUCAGAUUACAUAAAACCGGGAAAGUACACAAUCCAGGCAAUGCUUGCUCAUUUGGAAGGAGAAUUCGUUCUGAGUGAUGCUGAUCAGGUGGACUGCUAUGUAGUGCUUGGUGUUGCCGUUCGGUUAGCUUUACGAUUGGGUCUUCAUCGAGACCCCGAUAAAGUUGGUGGAGAAAUGACUCCGUUCGAAGGGGAAAUGCGUAGACGGCUCUGGAACAUUCUGAGGCAGAUAGAUUUGCUUGCAUCUUUUCAAAUUGGCUUGCCUGGUAUGAUCGAAUCAAUCGACAGUGAUGUUCUAUUACCACGGAAUCUUAACGACUUGGAUUUCGAUGAAGAUUGUACAGAGCUUCCACCUUCUAGACCCGAUUCGGAGGUAACAUCAAUGACAUACAUUCGCUUCAAGAGCAGGGUAUGUCAAGUCUUUGGCAAGAUUGCUAGGUAUGCGAACUCGUUGUCUCCACCGUCUUACAAUGAGAUUAUGAAAUUAGAUGCACAGUUGAACGAGAUUCACGUAACAAUACCGCCAUCGUUUCAAUUUCGACCGAUAGAUAAUUGCAUCGCAGACUCGUCACAAUUGAUCAUUCAGAGACUGAACCUCGCUCAUCUCAUAUGCAAAAGUCGAUGUGUCCUGCACCGGAAAUAUCUUGUAGGCAAUCAAGAUUAUCCCGAACACGAAUAUUCCGUCACAGCCGGCAUCAACGCCGCAAUGCAACUUCUCGACUUCCAACAACAAACCUACGAAGCUACACAACCCGGGGAAGUAUUAUCCAGGGAUAGAUGUUUUCCUUCAUCAUUAUCAAUGCAUGAUUUUCUGCUCGCCGCAAUGAUCGUAUACAUGAGGACGAUGAAGAUACUAGAAGGAGAAUCUAAAGGCACACAUCUAACCGCGUCUUAUCAAAAACAAAAAAUGGACAUGAUUUCUGCGUUAAAAAUAUCUUCGGAUAUCUGGCAUAUUUCGCAAAUCAAAUAUCACGAAUUCAAACGGGCGGCUGAUGUGCUGGCUGUUAUGAUGAGAAAAAUACACGCAGCUUCUGUUACAUUGGGGGAGCAAUCAACGGCUUGGGAUAUGGUGCUGAGUACGAAUUAUGAGAAUUCGAUAGCUGGACUUUCGUUGGAAGACGGAUUCGCAAUGGACCAAGCAACCACAAACCCCCUAGGAGCUGUCACAUGGUCCAUGAACCCUCCCGCUCCAGCUACCUCUUCCUAUUUCCCAGAUACUACUCUACCCCAACAAAAUUCCUUGCACGAGACCAUACCUUUUGACUAUUUAAUGGAUCUUCCUACUAAUUUCGAAUGGGAAACAUUUGAUAACCAUAUCCGAGCAGAUGCUUACCAGCUACCGCUUCAUGAUCAACAUCUUCCAAAUAUAAAUCUUGAUAUGGAUGGAUUUGAUAGGUUUGAUUUUGGAGGCGGACAAGAUAACGGGAGUGGGGGAGUAGCCGACAACAAGGACCAUCAAAGCAUUUUAUUCCAGGGAUUUGCAACGCAAGACCGUGAUAGCAAAUCUUGA